GAAUAGCAUGCCACACUUGCAGACUGCCUUCCUCAAGUAUCGGGUCAAUUUCCGGAUGCGGUUGCGAUACACAGACUGCAUGCGUUCGAAAGUGGCUUAUGUCGGGUAUCAUAACGCACGAAUGGAAGCUCAGCCAGAGCGGCUCCAAGGAUUUUCUGUAUGGACGCGUGUGUCACAGUUCAUAGCUAGCCGCACCCAUAUUUUGACGCAGCCAUGCUCGCCUACUGGUUUCGCAAUGUCUCCUUCCUAUCCUCACCAUAUUUCCAGGUCAUCAUAUUUUAUCAGAGGGAACUCGGAAAUCCCUUACUGACGCCGAAACAACAAAACAACCCAUUAUAAGAAAAUCUGUGAAUGGUUCAGCCAUCUUUCUUCUGACAUUUUGGGAGUAGGCCUACCAUGGAAAAGAGAAGAGUAAUCCAUUUUGGACUGACACAGGGUUCCUUCAUGGUUCUGAGGAUCACGUUUUUGCUGCUUGACGUGAACGCUGCAGAGGUUCGACUCGUUGGUGGGGGAGACAAGAUUCCGAAUGCCGGUCAAGUCGAGCUUUGGCACGCCUACUCGUCGCAGUGGGCCACGGUCUGUGACGCUGACUGGCAUUUCCGCGACGUUCAAGCUACCUGCCAAGAACUUGGCUUUCCCGGUGCUGCUUUUGUAAAACAUAAUUCGUAUUUCAAUGUGGCAGAAAGGAACCUUACUGUCGGAGCUUUCGACUGUAAUAAAGGAGAAUCCAACCUCUCGUCUUGCUCAUACAGAGAUGAAUUCUCCGCUACCCCGUGCAAGUCUGGAGCUGCGGGAGUUGUAUGUACAGCUCCAGGUUAUGUGGGCUGUUACAGCGAGGGGGGAAGUGGAUACGUCCUUAGUGGGAGUAGAAGAAAGUUUAAAGAUGACCUCUCGGUGGAAAGGUGUUUGGGGUACUGCAGGAAUCGCUGGUACCACUACGCUGGAGUCGAAAGCGGUACCCAUUGCCGCUGCGGUAAUAUGAGUGCUCUGCACCACCCUCGCAGCACCGACUCCAGGUGCAAAACUCCAUGCAGCGGAAACACCAAUCAAACGUGCGGUGAAGGAAAUCCUGUAAGAAUCUCACUGUAUGAAGUUAACUUGGGCCUAUGUGACGACCCAGGCACGCCCCUUCACGGGGAGCGCGACGUGCAACAGGCAACAGACUUGCUGCCUUUCUACUUCGGCACCAUCGUCAAGUUCACCUGCGCCGCCGGCUUCAGAUUUGACCGUGACGCUGCAUCCACCGUUAUUCAGUGCUCGCUAGGAAGCUCUGCGAGCGAUGGUGCCGCAUGGAAUGGCUCCGUUCCUUCGUGUUCCGCUGAUACAACACCAACUGAUGUAAUCCCAACCGUUGAUGAGGCCUCCGUUUCGCUCUCCACUAGACAGCAGAUAAUGAAUAGUGAUCUCAGUCAAGGAGGUGGAGCAGGAAUAGCCGUGGCGGUGAUAUUCGCCAUACUCGUCUUGGCAGCUGUAGUGCUGUUUUUGCUCCGACGGAAAAGAAGAAAGCAGAAAAGAACGGAUCAGCCUCAGCGAGUAAUGAGCAUUCGCAGUCGACUGCCUAACGGCAUGGUGUUGGCCAACAAUCCCACCUACUCAAAUAUGGACAUCAUCCCAGCAACCAAACCGCCUGUUUACGCCAAGCCCCUACGCAAGGGAAGUCGCAGAGAGAAUACCUCCCCGGCUUCCUCUAACCCAGACGACGCCGCUCACGUUGAGGGCUCGUCGACCGCAGCUGAAGAGGGCGCUAUUGCUCGCCCACCGACAUCGACGGGAACAGAGGGCGCUGCGGUCUAUGAAAACUAUCCUUCCUUUGGUGGCGAGUCGAGCAGGUCUGAAACUGCUAGCCGUAGAGAUGAGGAAUGCAAUGAUGCUCAGACGGAAUGGGUUGAAAAUAUCAUCUAUGAAUGAGGAGCGUGGUGUUAUCUGUGGCUGGAAUUUGAAGCAUAAUGGAGGCACUGCGGGCCCUCUAGCAGAGCGUCAGACAAGUGGCUCCUAUAUAUACUUACAAGGCUUUUUAUUUCAUUAUUUUUAACCAUCGACUCUUGCUUUGUUUUUAACCCAAACACUGUAACAGUUCUAUAAUCUUGAGGGAGGAUAAAUCUCAGUCACUUUCAUGCAACGAAAUAGGCACAAACUUUUCCGGCAUUGUGACGUGUUAUCAUACAGAGUGGCAUCAAUAUCCAGGCUUUUGCACAACGUUGAUUACGCCGACUGUUUAAUUAAGCCAACGAACAGAUGGACAAAGCGUAUUCACAGUUGGCGCGUAGUCAGAAUUUUCGCUUGCCGGUUGCAGUCCCUUUUUGUAUCUCUUUUAUGUACAAAACUAAUCAGUGACGACACUAAGAAGACGUUAAGUCGACUGUGCGCUCAUAAUCCAUGA